CAGGCUCGCGCGCUUGCCUCCACCUCACAUCCUCAUCGACUUCUGCACCACAACGGGGUUGUGCAGCCCAGCAGAGCUCGUUCCUCGUUCCCAUGCCCUCUUGGUGAUCUUAUUGCACUCACGAUUGCUUCGUCAGCUUUACGACUCGGGCUCGACAUCGGCAUUGAGUGGUUCCGGUUCACGAUUGUCGCUAUCUCAAGAUGGCGGCAAUGCGCAGCAUCACCCGGCCCGUUGCCUUCAUGAGGGCGCCAAAUGAUGCCCUUCGAAUCGCCGAGAUGACGACGCUCUCGUGUCGGCGAUGCAGCUCAGCUUCAAGGAAGCAACGGCCAAGCCCUUUCCCGUUCCUACUCGGCAACAAAGAAGCUUCGAUGCCGAACUCUUCAGUCUCCUCACCGAAUAUCUUUCGAAGAUGUGUCAAUACGCCUGCAGACAGCGGGGGAAUUCGCAACACCACGCCUUCCAGCUCCAAGCCUACCAAAGAUGCAGGCAUGAGACCAGCGCACGUCGACGACGAUAGGGGCUACUUGACAUUUACGCGUGCUUCACUGUUCAAGCUGACGCUACCCCUAGCUCCGCCUUCUGAUGAUCCCAAGUCGCCCACCUCGAAGGCUUCCUCAGCGGCAGCUCGCGCUCAGCGGCGACAGGCAGAGCGAGGCAACGAGGAGGAAGAGCCAAAGCAGCACUUGCAGCCGGCGAACGAUAGCGUGAGGUCGUGGGAAAGGAGAGUCGAAGAUGGAGAGACAGUAUCGCAGGUGUAUGAUGAUCAGAAAGCGGACGGCAAAACGAAGGCGGACCGCGCACAAGAGGUGGAGGAUAUGAUGACUGAUCGUGCAGAGCUGGAAUUUGACGCGCAUGCUCCCGCGCAUUCGGUGGUAUUCCUCCUUCACGGAGGCCAGCCGUUGUCGUACGUCUCGAGCUUGAUACGCUCCGAGGGGCCAUCGGCACGGCCAUUGCCCUCGCACACUCACGGAGACCACCCUCCUGGUACACCGCCUGAUGAUACGCUGGACAGUCGCUUGCCCGCCAUCACCUUCCACACUCGGCGAUCCGAGCUCAAGAGGUGGUCGCCUGCUACGGGUUUCAAUGACUACGUUCGCGAGGCUGCACGACUUGGGAGCUUCACGAUUCGCAUCGGCGAGCGAGAGAUCGAGGUCAACGUCCCUUCAUUCGAGGAUCGCACCCGCUUUCUGCGCUCGCGGUUGUAUGCGUGCACGGAUGAGAUCGAGAGGCUCAGAGUGCUCAAGGUUGAAUGCGAUAAGCUCGCCCAGGUCGGGACGAAGCGCUUUGCGUUCGCUGGAGCCGGAGUGCUAGCUACUUGGUGGGUUACGGUUAGCUACUUCACCUUCUUCACCGAGUAUGGCUGGGAUGUGAUGGAGCCCGCAACAUAUCUCGUCGGUCUGGGAACUUUGAUGGGAGGUUACGUUUGGUUCUUGCUUCACAACCGCGAGGUAUCCUAUCGCGCCGUGCUGAAUGAGACGACGAGUCGUCGCCAGCAAAUGCUUUACGAGCAGCGCGGACUGAACGUAGUGCGUUACGAAGAGCUGAUUGACGAAGCAAAGUCGCUGCGUUCACAGAUCAAACGUGUUGCCGAAGAUUACGGUCUGGAAUGGGAUCAGGGAGAGACAGUGUCCGGCCAGAAAGCGAAAAGGGCUUUGGACGUGGUCAGGCGACGCGAAGCGGCAGAUGAGAAAGGUGGUCGUUCCAAGAAGGAAAAGGACGACGAGGACGAGGAAGACGAGGACCAUGAAGAGGUGGAGAAAGACGAUGACGGGGAUGGAGUCCCCGAUGGAGAUCAGCGUCGGACUGCACGCGCGGCGUUGCGCUCGAAGCAGCAGAAGGACGAGCAAAAGGCAUGAGAUUUGCUUCGAAGAUCUGACAAAUCGGAUCAAGCAUCGCAUGGGACCGUGCUGCACGCAUCAUACCUACAACAUACCCUCAGCAACAAUCAUACACGACCGUGGCCAAGGAUUCAGUUGAACUUCCAGCAUCGCGCUACGUGUCCAGCGCGAGAUGAGGCUGCAGCGACCCAACGCAAUUUUGAGCGUCUCGCGAGGGAAUAUGUGCCGGGCGCCGCGGUGACACGAGUUGGUUGGAGUCAUCGAGCAGGCGGGCUUCGUCUACUUGAUUUUGAUUGUCGGGCGCAAAAGA